GGAGAGAGGGAGGGGGAGAGGAUGAGAGAGGGAGAUAGAGAAGAUAAUGAUAGAGUGGAAGUUGAGGUCUUCUCUAUAGGGAACUGUAACACCCCUGAGGACAGUAAGAUCUCAGUGUGUGUCUCAGAGUCCCCACAAAGGGCCCCCUAUAGGGGAAGUGGAGGGGGAAGGGAUUGGACUUGUGAGGCCCCUCAAAGGGCCCAUAAGGAGGUGAAGAGGCAGGGGAAGGGAGGAGGACGGGGAGGAAGGAGUGAGCGGGGAGGUGUAAGGAGUGGGAGGGAAGGAGGAAGGGUCGUGAGGGAGACUGACAGAGAGGAAUACACUGGUCAGAUAGUGUCUGAGAUGAAGGUAUACAUGAGUAGCAGCAGCAGCUCAGAGACACAGGACUGCAGAGAGGCUGCCAUCAGGCCCAGACCACCAAGGCCUAGGCCCAGGCCUAGAUCCGGGCCCAGCACCAGCACCCCACACCCUCACCAGACACAAUCCCACACUCAGCAGGCCAAGGUCCGCCCGAAACAAGCCUACCAGACCCACACCUACCUGACAGAGGUCCAUACCCUCCCAAAACAGACCUACCAGACCCACACCUACCUGACAGAGGUCGAUCCCCUCCCGAUCCAGAACCAUCAGCUACAGGCCCAGAGCGACGUCCGACAGAACCAGCAGACAAAGCACCUUCUCUGCAGUUCUGUUUCUAUCAGGCCUAGACCCAGAUCUAGCCUCAACACACCACACCCUCAACCCCCCCAGACCCCGGCCCAAAUGCAGCACAUCCAGGCCCACCAAAUCCAGGCCCAGUAUCGACAGGCCCCGCCGACACAGGCCCAGACGCACAAGAGACAAGCACUCACCCACCAGACACAGGCCCAGACGCACAAGAGACAAGCACCCACCCACCCGACACAGGCCCAGACGCACAAGAGACAAGCACCCACCCACCCGACACAAGCCCAGACCAAGCAGCACCACAGAGAGAUUCCCGUCAGCCCCAGCCACAGCCCUAGGCCCACCUCUGACAGCCCUAGGCUCAACUCUGACAGCCCUAGGCUCAACUCUGACAGCCCUAGGCCCACCUCUGACAGCCCUAGGCCCAUCUCUGACAGCCCUAGGCACACCUCUGACAGCCCUAGGCCCAUCUCUGACAGCCCUAGACCCACCUCUGACAGCCCUAGGCCCACCUCUGACAGCCCUAGGCCCAUCUCUGACAGCCCUAGGCCCAUCUUUGACAGCCCUAGGCCCACCUCUGACAGCCCUAGGCACACCUCUGACAGCCCUAGGCCCACCUCUGACAGCCCUAGGCCCAUCUCUGACAGUCCUAGGCACACCUCUGACAGCCCUAGGCUCACCUCUGACAGCUCUAGGCCCACCUCUGACAGCCCUAGGCCCAUCUCUGACAGCCCUAGGCCCACCUCUGACAGCCCUAGGCCCACCUCUGACAGCCCUAGGCCCAUCUCUGACAGCCCUAGGCCCAUCUCUGACAGCCCUAGGCCCAUCUCUGACAGCGCUAGGCCUGCCUCACCUCCCAGCCACAAUGCCCAGACACAGGACCACACUCCCCACACCCAACAGACCGAGCAGCAUUGCAGAGAGACCACCACCAGUUGGAGCGCCAAGCCUCCCUCUCCUCUCCUCCAGGAGAGCCACCAAGUCCAGACCCAGACCCAGAACCAUCAGCCUCGCAGAGAUAGCGCCACCAGCCCCAGCCCAAGGCCCACUUCUGACUCCUCAUCCAGCCUGAACAAACAUCCCAGGGCUGUAAAACUAUCAACUCCACCAGCUUCACACCACAACACAGAGCCACAGAGGGAGUCCCCAGAGGAGAGACAGACAUGGACAGAGACACACAAACAGAUGCCCCACAACGUCUCAGAGCAGCAGCCUGACAGGCCCCACUGUCCAGAGCCCCAUGCCCUACAGGAGGACAGCAACAGCACACCUCAGCCUGAACCAACACAGAACAACGCCUCGUUCCCCAGCUUCGUGGAUGUCCCAGGUCCGUGUGAGCCCGAGGACCUGAUCGAUGGCAUCAUCUUCGCUGCUAACUACCUGGGUUCCACCCAGCUGCUGUCUGACAAGAACCCGUCUAAAGGAACACGCAUGGCCCAGGCGCAGCAGGCUGUCAGCCAGGUCAAGAGCCAAGAUGGAGACUCUCAGACGGUGACAGAAGUGGACCUCUUCAUCUCCACCAAGGCAGUCAAAGUGGUGAACGCCGACCCACAGGAGACGCUGAUGGACAGUGCGUUGCGUUCCAUAUCCUACAUCGCAGACAUCGGGAGCAUCGUGGUUCUGAUGGCUCGUACCCGUAUGGCAGGAACAUCCUCGCAGGAAGCUGAUCUCUCCUCCUCAGAGGGACAGAGACGGUACAGAAUGAUCUGCUAUGUCUUUGAGUCAGAGGACGCCCAGCUCAUUGCCCAGUCCAUCGGACAGGCGUUCAGCGUUGCCUACAGGGAGUUCCUCCGAGCCAAUGGGAUCAACCCUAAGGACCUGAGUCAGAAACAAUACAGUGACAUCAUCAAUUCCCAGGAGAUGUACAAUGACGACCUGGUCCAUUUCUCAAACUCUGACAACUGUAAAGAGCUGGAGUUGGAGAAGCAGAAGGGAGAGAGCCUAGGUGUGGUGAUAGUGGAGUCUGGCUGGGGCUCCAUCCUGCCAACAGUUAUCCUAGCUAACAUGUUAAACAGCGGCCCGGCUGCCCGCUCUGGGAAACUCAGCGUCGGGGACCAGAUCAUGUCCAUUAACAACACCAGCCUGGUGGGCCUGCCGUUAGCUACCUGCCAGGGCAUCAUCAAGGGUCUGAAGAGCCAGGUGCAGGUGAAGCUGAGCAUCGUAAGUUGUCCUCCUGUCACCACCGUCCUCAUCAAGAGACCUGACCUCAAGUUCCAGCUGGGCUUCAGUGUUCAGAACGGCAUCAUCUGCAGUCUGAUGCGUGGAGGUAUCGCGGAGCGAGGAGGGGUGCGAGUCGGCCACAGGAUCAUUGAGAUCAAUGGGCAGAGUGUGGUUGCCAUGCCACAUGAGAAGAUAGUCCAGACCUUGUCUGUAUCAGUGGGAGAGAUCAACAUGAAGACCAUGCCUGCAGUGAUGUUCAGACUGUUAACAGGGCAGGAGAUUCCCGUCUACAUUUAGUCUCUCCACGUCAGAGUUCUAAAUUGCACCCUAUUCCCUAUGUAGUGCACUACUUUAGACUAGGACCAAUAGGGUUCUGGUCAAAAGUAGUGCCCAAUGUAGGGAAUAGGGUGCAACUUGGUACGCAACCCUUAUCUGCAUCUCUUUCUGUGUACUCGCUCACUGCUUCUGCAUGUCUAGGAGAAGUUGAACAGACGGGGUGGUUGACAGGCAGUGGAGCCAUUAAAAUGAGCCCGUCCUCUGAUUUACAGUGACACCAGCCUCCACUGGUGCCAGGGUGAUACAUUAGCAGCGUGUAUUUUUCUAUCACAUUAAUUUCCUGUUACUCUACUGACAGGGAUUACCCAUUCUCAACGUCAGGCUUCCUCUCCAGUUCAUUGAAGAGCUACGCAGUCAUAAUGGGUUGAAAUGUACAUAACAUAAGCUGUCCGUGGUGUGUGUGUGUGUGUGUGUGUGUGUGUGUGUGUGUGUGUGUGUGUGUGUGUGUGUGUGUGUGUGUGUGUGUGUGUGUGUGUGUGUGUGUGUGUGUGUGUGUGUGUGUGUGUGUGUGUGUGUGUGUGUUAUGUGUGUGUGUGUGUGUUAUGUGUGUGCGUGUGUGUAUGUGUGUACUGUACAUGCAAGGUCUUUAUCGUUUUCUUAUGACGAGAGAUUACAAAACACAGCACAUUUUAUUUUCAAUGUAUUCCUUCUUCUUCUUUUUUUAUAACAUGCAAGGCUAUGAGCUGUAGUUGUCCUGUAAAUACUUUGUUUUACAGGAGGACUGCUGAAACUGUAACUUGGGUCUGUCAUUAUUGUUCAUUAUAAACUGGAUGGUUUGAGACCUGAAUGCUGAUUGGCUGACAGCCGUGGUAUAUCAGACCGUAUACCACGGGUAUAACAUCUUAACCAAUACAGCAUAGGACAAGGCUAUUCUUUAAUAGCAAGGGGUGUUGUAGCCUGGUCUGUCGUUGGAGCGCCUCUCUGGCCAAUGCAUGACCACUACCUUAAGAGUUGGCAAGACAGCACAAACAGAUCUGGAACCAGGCUAGGGGGUAUUGAGUUACAGUCUAUUCCCUAUAUAGUACUCUACUGUUGACCAAAACCCAUAUGGCUCUGGUCUAAAGUAGUGCACUAUAUAGGGAAUAGGGAUCUAUAGGGCUCUGGUCUAAAGUAGUGCACUAUAUAGGGAAUAGGGUUCUAUAGGGCUCUGAUCGAAUGUAGUGCACUAUAUAGGGAAUAGGGUGCCAUUUGGUACACAUACAGUUGAAGUCGCAAGUUUACAUACACCUUAGCCUAAUCCAUUUAAACUCAGUUUUUCACAAUUCCUGACAUUUAAUCCUAGUAAAAAUUCUCUGUCUUAGGUCAGUUAGGAUCACCACUUUAUUUUAAGAAUGUGAAAUGUCAGAAUAAUAGUAGAGAGAAUGAUUUAUUUCAGUUUUUAUUUAUUUCGUCACAUUCCCAGUGGGUCAGAAGUUUACAUACACUCAAUUAGUAUUUGGUAGCAUUGCCUUUAAAUUGUUUAACUUGGGUCAAACGUUUCGGGUAGCCUUCCACAAGUUUCCCACAAUAAGUUGGGUGAAUGUUGGCCCAUUCCUCCUGACAGUGCUGGUGUUACUGAAUCAGGUUUGCAGGCCUCCUUGCUCGCACACGCUUUUUCAGUUCUGCUCACAAAUUUUCUAUGGGAUUGAGGUCAGGGCUUUGUGAUGGCCACUCCAAUACCUUGACUUCGUUGUCCUUAAGCCAUUUUGCAACAACUUUGGAAGUAUGCUUGGGGUCAUUGUCCAUUUGGAAGACCCAUUUACGACCAAGCUUUAACUUCCUGACUGAUGUCUUGAGAUGUUGCUUCAAUAUAUCCACAUCAUUUUCCAACCUCAUGAUGCGAUUUAUUUUGUGAAGUGCACCAGUCCCUCCUGCAGCAAAGCACCCCCAAACAUAACGAUGGUCAUUAUGGCCAAACAGUUCUAUUUUUGUUUCAUCAGACCAGAGGACAUUUCUCCAAAAAGUACAAUCUUUGUCCCCAUGUGCAGUUGCAAACCAUAGUCUAGCUUUUUUAUGGUGGUUUUGGAGCAGUGGCUUCUUCCUUGCUGAGAAGCCUUUCAGGUUAUGUCAAUAUAGGACUCGUUUUACUGUGGAUAGAGAUACUUUUGUACCGGUUUCCUCAAGCAUCUUCACAGGUCCUUUGCUGUUGUUCUGGGGUUGAUUUGAACUUUUUGCACCAAAGUAUGUUCAUCUCUAGGAGACAGAACGCGUCUCCUUCCUGAGCGGUAUGACGGCUGCAUGGUCCCAUGGUGUUUAUACUCGCGUACUAUUGUUUGUACAGAUGAACAUGGUACCUUCAGGAAUUUGGAAAUUGCUCCCAAGGAUGAACCAGACUUGCGGAGGUCUACAAUUUAUUUUCUGAGGUCUUGGCUGAUUUCUUUUGAUUUUCCCAUGAUGUCAAGCAAAGAGGCACUGAGUUUGAAGGUAGGCCUUGAAAUACAUCCACAGGUACACCUCCAAUUGACUCAAAUGAUGUCAAUGAGCCUAUCAGAAGCUUCUAAAGCCAUUAUGUAAUUUUCUGGAAUUUUCCAAGCUGUUUUAAAGGCACAGUCAACUUAGUGUAUGUAAACUUCUAACCCACUGGAAUUGUGAUACAGUGAAUUAUAAGUGAAAUAAUCUGUCUGUAAACAAUUGUUGGAAAAAUUACUUGUGUCAUGCACAAAGUAGAUGUCCUAACCAACUUGCCAACACUAUAGUUUGUUAACAAGAAAUUUGUGGAGUGGUUGAAAAACGAGUUUUAAUGACUCCAACCUAAGUGUAUAUAAACCUCCGACUUCAACUGUAUCUGUUGAAGCAGUCCUUGCCCCUAUAUUGCCUCGGGGAUAUCAAAGGGGUGAAUAUAAUAUUACGGUAAUGGUAUAUAAUAUUACGGUAAUGGUAUAUAUUAUUAUGGUAAUGGUAUAUAAUGUUACGGUAAUAGUGUAUAAUAUUACGGUAAUGGUAUAUAAUAUUACGGUAAUGGUAUAUAAUAUUACGGUAAUGGUAUAUAUUAUGGUAAUGGUAUAUAAUGUUACGGUAAUAGUGUAUAAUAUUACGGUAAUGGUAUAUAUUAUUAUGGUAAUGGUAUAUAAUGUUACGGUAAUAGUGUAUAAUAUUACGGUAAUGGUAUAUAAUAUUACGGUAAUGGUAUAUAAUAUUACGGUAAUGGUAUAUAAUAUUACGGUAAUGGUAUAUAAUGUUACGGUAAUAGUAUAUACUAUUACGGUAAUGGUAUAUAUUAUUAUGGUAAUGGUAUAUAUUGUUACGGUAAUAGUGUAUAAUAUUACGGUAAUGGUAUAUAAUAUUACGGUAAUAGUAUAUAAUAUUACGGUGAUGGUAUAUAUUAUUAUGGUAAUGGUAUAUAAUGUUACGGUAAUAGUGUAUAAUAUUACGGUAAUGGUAUAUAAUAUUACGGUAAUGAUGAAGGCCAAAGAUAUUACUGAAACGUGGGUUCUUCUUACACAUAUAUUUAGGGGACUGAUUACCUUAAACAUGAGGCCUGCCGUCCCAAACCGAGCCCUAUUCCUUUUUACAGUGCACUACUUUUUAACCAGGGGCCAACAGUGCUCUGGUCAAAAGAAAUGGACUAUAAAGGGAGUAGGGUGCCAUUUGUGAGGCAGACCAAGUACAACGAGAAUGUAUUAACUUGUAUAUUAGUGUACGAAUGUAUUGUGAGAUGUUGAGAAUACACUGUGAUCGAUGAAACUGGUGACAAGGCUAAUUAUUGUUUUCCAAAAUGUGUUUUAAAUAAAAUUACAUUUAUUACAUGCAA